AUGAGCGCGAAGCGGUUUUUUAAUAUAGUCCAAGCAGAGGACGAUGAGGGGAAAAAAAAAAAAAAAAAAGUUAACACGCGAAGGGGGGAAGAACCACGCGGGGAGGGAGAACCACGCGGGGAGGGAGAACCACACGGGGAGGGAGAACCACGCGGGGAGGGAGAACCACACGGGGAGGAAGAACAACCUGUCCGGGAAGCGUCUGAAUUGAAAGAAAACGAAGAAGCUGUAGAAGUGGCCAGCCAAGGGGGUGAUCCCCUGGGGAACGAUGCCAAGGCGACGGGGGAAGGAAGCGGCACUCAAGGCGUCCAAGCUAAGCAGAACGAAAUAAGCGAGCAAUGUGCUGAUGGGUUGGAAGCGAAAGGUGAAGGCACCCCAGACAAAGGAACACACAAUGGGAGUGCGCGGAAGGGGAAGGAAAAGAACGCCGCUGAGGAUCCCAAUGAGGAUCCCAAUGAGGAUCCCAAUGAGGAUCCCAAUGAGGGUCCCACUGAGGAUCCCAAUGAGGAUCCCAAUGAGGAUCCCAAUGAGGGUCCCACUGAGGAUCCCAAUGAGGAUCCCAAUGAGGGUCCCACUGAGGAUCCCACUGAGGAUCCCACUGAGGAGCCCUCUGACCAGUUAGGCGAUGCAUUACAUGCUCGUAGAGGAACCGGGGGGGAAGCCAGUGGUGAUGAGAAGGCCAUCCGAUUAAAGGAAAAAAAGGCAGAUGAGGCGGCGGCCCCAUUUGAACCUCUGCAGGGAGGGGAAAGGGAUAACGGAGGAGUAAGCGGGGUGGAAGUUGUGGAUCAUUGUAGUAAAGGGGACACAUCCGGAGCGACCCCACGUGAUGUCCCUCAAAAGGGAAGUAGCAACCUUGACAGGGAUGGCGAUAGCCGCACUGUGGGAAGGGGCGCACCGAAUGAAGCGCCGCGAGGGGGAGAAGCAAAGAAGGGGAAAGAGCAGCAGGUGGGAAGUAACCCAGGAGGGGUGACAAACAAAGCGGUCAUCGGAAAGGCGGUCAGCGAAAAGGCAGAGAAGGCCGCACCGCAGAGUGGACCCGACAGUCAGCAGAAGCAGCAGCAGCAGCGCGAUCAGCAACCGCAGCGCGAUCAGCAACCGCAGGGCUGCGCUGACGGUUUUGCUCGGAGCUGGAAUGGCUUCAAAGGCUACUACGACAUGUACGGCUGCGGCUACGCGGGGGGGGCGGCGAACGUGGCCGGCGAGUCGAGCGCGAGCUGCGCGAGAUACGCGAGCCAUGUAAACUACAGCUGCAGCUACAACUACAACUACAACUACGACCACUGCUACAGCUGCAACCACUGCUACAACUACGACCACUGCUACAACUACGACCACUGCUACAACUACAGCUGCAGCUACAACUACGACCGGAAUUGCUACAGCGCCUGCGGGGAGGACGCCUUCUCCUCGCUGCUCGACAGAAGCAUCCAGCUGAUGAAGAAGAACGAUAAGGUAAAGGAAAUGCUGAAGAGGCCUGCCAAACUGCAAGUGACCCAAGAGGAGCUAAACAAAGUGGAGCACGCUGAAGGGAAUGACCCCUACAACAUCUGGUUCGGGAGGUACGUGCAGGAUAAGUUUGACAGGGGGAGCAGCAGUAGCAGCACCACUGGUGCACACCGCUUUGUGGCGAGAUUCAAAUGCAAACCGUCUACCGACUCGGGAUAUACCAAAGCAGAUAAGAACCUGACGAGCAGACAAUUUUUCUGCAUCUACUUUGCACGAGGCUGUUGUGCUUAUGGGCACAACUGUCUCUACAGACACAGAAUUCCAAACGAAAAUGAUGAGUUACAGUUUGAACAUACCGUAGAUAUUUUUGGAAGAGAAAAGUUUAGUACCUUCAAAGAGGACAUGAGUGGGGUGGGCAACUUCAACAGCGAAUGUAGAACCCUUUUCAUAGGAAGCAUUCACAUUGACAGUUUGGAGCAAGUGCAUCUAAUCGAGCAGAUUCUAUAUGAUGAGUUCAGCAACUUUGGAAGCAUCGAUUAUGUGAGGUUUGUACCUUUUAAAAAUAUUGCCUUCGUGCAGUAUUCCUAUAGGGUCAAUGCUGAGUUUGCCAAGGUGGCUAUGUCGGACCAACCCAUUGAAAAUCACUCCACGGCGCUGACCAUCAAGUGGGCCUUCGAGCUGAAGAACCCGCCCCAUCACUCCUUUCAGCAUUACGCCAACCCGUAUGUGUAUAACCAGAGCCCCCUCGUCUCGUCCACGUGGCAGCAGUACGUCUCGCAGCAGAGGGAGCGCCAGCAGUUCGGUGGUCCCCCGCAAAUGGCUUUUCCGCACCCGUUUGGUUGGCCUCCAUACACAGCAAAAAAAAUCAAGAACAGGUGCAACCGUCUGAAUGGCAGCCUGCACCAAGUGGACCACAUGUUUGACAUGCAGCGUUGGCGAUUUGGGGAAGCGGCGCAUCAGCGUUGCCACAAAAUCGAUGCACAUUUUUUAAGCGUCGAGUGGCAUAACUGUAAUUGA